GACCUCCACUCGCCCGCGGCCUGCGAGCACCCGCCCCUCGCGGGGGCCGGGCUGCGGGUCCGGGGGCGGGUGGUGUCGCCCCGGCCGAACCCCGGCCCCCUCCCCCACAGUCCCGACACUCGCCGCCGCCAUUUUGACCGCCCGCCCCUUCCCUCAGGACUGUACUCAAGCGACAGGCGCUGCGCGGGCCCGGCCGCCCGCCCCGGCGCGCCCAGCUUGCCGGGCGCUGCCCCGGUUACCUCGGCUUCUCCGCACUUGUGUCCGCGGAAGGCUUUGAGGAGGGCGGACCUCCAGGGCAGCGAUUGGACGGCGCUGGGAGCUUCCAGCAUGCUAUUGGCUACCAUCCACGCUUUUCAGUACCCUCUCGACUUCACCGAGCUCCGAUUCCUCAGUUCGGACGUCCGUCAGAGAAAGCUAAACCCUAAAAGGCAAGCGAAGCCCGUCACUCGCGCGAGGAAGCAGCCCUGAGAAUUACAAGGGGGUGGGAUGCUGCUCCAAAAUCGGCUCUCUGGUUGGACUAACGAGAGAUCAAUCUCGUCCAAAAGUUUGUCGCGCUCUCUUGCACAGGUCCACGGGGCGUCGGGAAUUGUAGUUCGGUCCUACGUACCGGUGAAAACCUCAAGACUUCCUCCUUGCUGGGCCACUCUCUUGCCUCUGGCGCUCAUGUCCCCUAAGGAACGCAGCGACUCAGUGCUGCCCUUCUGUGACGUCAGCGGCAGAGGCCGCACUCGGAAUUCGAUGACUUCACAGGCGCGUUCUCUUGGUCCAAGAGGGUUGAGAGGAAUCGGCUGGUACGAUUCUAGUCGGAGCCCCGGAAAGGUCACAGCCUGGCCGCGCCGCUAUCUCGGCCACUCAGGCAGUGAAAAGGUCUCUGGCAAGCAGACAUUUAAUGAGAGGACGAUAAGCAAAGGUCAGCGGCGUUUAUCCCCAGAGCUCCCCGCCGCUCCGGGCCUCAGUUUCCCCAAGAGAUAGGUCAGCUGCUGCCGGAGAAGGUGAAACAGAAAUAGCCCCGAUGGGAGUGAGUGCUUCGAGCUCAGAAAUUAAUCAUCAAGAUAAUAUUCUAAAGCAGUUUUUUAAAAAUAUCAAUUAAUGGGAAAAAGAAGACGCACGGAGAACCAAAUGUCAAAAGUUAAAUGCAGUCAUUCUACUGGCACCUAGGUUAGGGGAAAGUGGCUCUUGUGUUCAAAUAUUUUUGUUUAUUGAGUCAGGAUUCUUUUCUAAAUGAGAUUCUAACUGCUUUUUCCACUAGGGAAUAUAAAUAACUGCGAGAGAGAUGAUGAAUAUGUUAAUUAGUUCCUUUAUAGUAACCACUUUCGCUUUACCAAUUGUUUAAUAGCCUAUUGUCUUCUUCAAAAAUGUCCAAGAUGGAUAGAGUGGCCCUGUAGACACAGCUGCUUUGCAGGCUGAGGCAGAUAGAUUGCUUAGAACUGAGCUAUAGAGCAAGUCCCAGCUCAAAACGAUGUGGGUUUUUUUUGUUUUGUUUUUUUUUUUUUUUUUUGGUUUUGUUUUUUGGGUUUUUUUGAGACAAAGUUUUAGAGGCAGGGUUGGUUCCAAACCACCUCUGAAGUUGAUGGUGACCACCUCCUAGCACUGAGAUUACAGGGGUGUACCACCACACCUUAAGUUUUGCCACCCCAAAACCUAUAGAGUUGGGGAUGGAGAAAGGCUCAAAGCUUGGAGCCUUCAUUCCAGCUCUGCUGAGUUAUAUGGACAAAGUGACUCCACCUUCUGAGCCCAUUCCCCAUACUUCUAAUAUGCAAAAUCCAGAAUUAUACAUGUAGAAACAGACAAGUGUCUACCUUUGUCUUACCUAUAAUAUCAGAACCUCAAUAAACAGAGUCAUGCUUUAGACGGGCCCUGUAGUUGCUCUAACUGUGGAAAAGAGAGAAGGGAGAAAGAGGCUUCUGUGACCAUUAUUUUCUGAGGAGAGGCCCUCAAAAUGAGGGGCAUGGGACAUGCACCACAAAACCUAGUAGAAGGAAGGCCUGGACCACUCUGCAGCCCAAGGCAGGAAGAUGGAACAUUUGAGGCCAGCCUAUGCAGCCUUGUGAGAGCUGUUAACAUAAAAGUAAGAGGUUGAGAAAUAAUCUCAAAUAGUUAAGAGCACUAGUUUCCAGAAUCCACAAGGCAAUUUGGGCUCACAACCACCUGUAACUCCAGUUUCAGGGAAUCUGACACCCUCUUCUGGCUUCUGAGGACACCAGAUACAGACAUGUUGCACAGAUAUACAUGCAGGCAAAAUACCAGUACACGUAAAAAAAAAAUGUAAUUGUUCUUAAGAUGCUUUUAAAAGUUAAAAAAAAAAAGUGAAAACAUAUGUAGCUCACCAACAGAGCACCUGCCUGAAGUCUACCAUACAGGCUCUAUCUGUGGCCCAGCUGUAGGACAGUCUCAGAAUACCCCACCGAGGGGUUGGACAUGUAGAAGGCAUAAUUGAGACCAGAAGUUCCAUCUCCACACCACAAAACAAGAUGAGACAGGGAAUUGCAGAAACAAAAGAGGGUGCCCACAUCUGGUGGAUGCACCUGGUUACCCGGCAAUUCUACAGAGAUGCAACAUCCCAAGCAACUAAAGCAUUCUUCCUGGUGACAGAUGAACACAUACGUGGUGGCUCCAAGGAAUAGGGUUGCCCCACCUGCACCUGGAGAUGCAGCACCCAGCUGUGAGUGUCCCUGGUCAGGCUUCCCAUGUCACAAGUGUGAGCUUCAGCAGAAGGAAACACAGCUGUUCCCAGUCCCAAGAACCCCACAAGCACUGAAAGACAUUCAGGCCAGAGGGCACAGAAGCACACCUCAGCUGGCAGGGGAGCUUCACUCAUACCCCAUUGCCACUUCUGUGAAGACUUGAGUUUCCAGAUUACAGGAAGAAUGCUUGUGCGAAGGGACCUAGAAGACUUGGUUGUACUUCCCAUCAUUCCCCAGCUCCCAGAAGACCCUGAACUCUGAAACAGGCAGAAUCAAGGCCAGAAAGAAUUUCUUCAACUGAAAAAGGAAGUUCACAGUGGCUUUCUGGUGACACACCCGGCCAGAACAUGGGCCUGGUUCUAGCCUCUCGCCCACACAGCUGGUGCACCAGUUCACAGGAAGUGGAGGGGGUGGGGACACAAAUUAGAGAGUGACAAGAAGGCAUUGGGCUGGAGCUUGACUCGGUGGUAGAGAGCUUGCCUGGCAUGCUCAAGGCCUGGAUUUAUCUCCAACAUGAAAAAAAGGGGUGUGAGGGAAGUCUCAGUGGGUAAAUCCCUUGCCUUGCGAAUAAGCGGAUCUGAAUGUGAUGUCAGUCCCGGAAAAGUGAAGAGAGGAGGGUUCUUAAGGCUUGAUGGCCAGCUCACCAAGUCAGUGAGCUCCACGCCACUGAAAAGCAUGCGUGGGGACUGACAGCCAGUGGUGCCCUCCGCCCUCCAUUUGAACACCCACACAUACUCCUGCGCCUGAAUGCUGUUGGGUAGCAGAUUACAACCUUGCAUCUUGGAAGAAAGUUUUUUAAAGCACAGAAUGUUAAAAGAGAGAUUAAUCAAUAAAGUGUU